AUGUCCGGCAAUCAAGCCCUCAACACCAAUGCCCAAGUCGGCCAGCAGGCCGACCUGGGCAUCUCGACGCGCGCCUCGGACUGGUACUUUGCCGUCUGCGCCAUUAUGGCCGGCUCGACCCUCGUUUUCCUGGGCAUGGCCUUUGGCAAGCGCGAGUCGCACCGUCUCUUCCACUACAUCACGGCCUCCAUCACCUUCGUCGCUUGCAUAGCGUACUUUUCCAUGGGCGCCGGCCUCGGCCGCGUGCCUAUCCAGGUCGAGUUCCCGCGCCGCAAUGACAUUCUCGGCCCCGGCGGCGCCGGCACCCGCGAGAUCUUCUACGUGCGGUACAUCGACUGGUUCAUCACGACGCCGCUUCUGCUGCUCGACCUGCUCCUGACCGCCGGCGUGCCCUGGCCCACGAUCCUUGUCACUCUGCUCGCGGACGAGAUCAUGAUCGUCACCGGUCUGGUCGGCGCCCUCACGAGCACGAGCUACAAGUGGGCCUACUGGGUGUUCGGCAUGUUCGCCUUCUUGUACGUCGUCUACGCGCUCGUAAUCGACGGCCGGCGGCACGCGGCGGCGCUGGGCGGCAACGUCAGCACCACGUACCGCAACUGCGGCGUGCUGACCAUCUUCCUCUGGUUCCUGUACCCGAUCGCCUGGGGCGUCAGCGAGGGCGGCAACAUCAUUCACCCCGACUCGGAGGCCGUCUUCUAUGGCAUUCUGGACGUGCUUGCCAAGCCUCUGUUCGGCUUCCUCCUACUUUGGGGACACCGCAAUAUCGACCUGGCCGCUCUGGGCCUGCACAUCCGCGAGCCGGGUCAGCCCAAGAUCCGUCCCGGACAGCAUGAGGGCGAGCACGGCCACGUUGGCGGUGCCGGGCCUAGCAACGGGCUCUAG